UGCUCGAUUGUCGAUUUCUAGGAAUUUGACUAUUGACACUAGAAGCUCGUUUUCCUAGAAAAAAAUUGAAAUUCUUGAAAGAUGCACAUUAAUAAUUUAAAGUCUAACGGAGGAACGAAUCUUACCCCGGACACAACACAUCUUUAAAGGUGGAAAUUGUCACAGAUAUGGCGGAUGAGAAGACUGAUCGCUACACCCAACUAAGCUCCCAGAUUCAAGAGAAAUUCCUAGCAAAUCAACAAACGCAGAAAAUUUAUGAUCAGAAGGACGCAUGGCGGGUAGAAAUGGAGCUGAUUAUUCAAGAACUUUACCCGAACUGUCGCCUUGUUCUCUGCGGAUCUUCUGCAAAUGGAUUUGGAAGUAUCGAUAGCGACAUUGAUUUAGUGCUGAGUGUUGGUGAAGGGGGAGCGAGUGCGGGACCAUACAUGUUGAGGAGAAUUGAGUCGCUUUUCACACGCAAGCCUCGGCGCUUUGAAACAAAGCAUUUUCAGGUGGUAUCUGAUGCAAGAGUUCCUAUCAUCAAACUCAAAGACAAGGAAAAGUCGUUUGAAACCGAUAUCAGUGUGGAGAACUGGGCCAACGUGCGUAACGCCUUCCUUUUAAAAUGCUACUCCGAGUGUGACCCGAGAGUGAAACCGCUGGUUAUAACCAUCAAACUGUGGGCUCAAAAGGCUGAGAUCACUGACGCAAAAUUACAUCGGCUUUCUGGUUUUGCCUUAGUUUUACUUGUCAUUCAUUACCUCCAAGCCGGAUGUUCCCCAGCGGUUCUGCCCGCGCUACAAAAAAACUUCCCAGAGCUGUUCCGCUCCCCAAAAACCACUGUUGUGACAGAACUCACCGACGACCUACCUCCCCAAGUUCAAUCAUACAAGUCUAACAACACGCAAAGUCUUGGCGAGCUGUUGAUGGGGUUUUUCAAGUACUAUACUACUUUCGGCUGGGACAGAACUAUUUCUGUUCGCAUGGGCGGUACUCAACCAACACGACGCGGAAGGAUUUGGAGUGGACCUUACAUCAGACUGGCUGACCCGACAGACGAAGGCAAUGUAACCAGAGCAGUUUAUAGCUUGAACGAGUUUACACGCAUAAAGAAUGCGUUCAAAUCUGCAUCAGAUCAAUUAAGCCAGAGCGCAUCUUUGCAUAAUGUACUUUAGAGAAACUGAAAUUCUGAGGAAGUCAUACAUGAGUUUAUAAACUGUUAACUACACUUAGUGAAAGAAAUCAGUUAAAUCGACGUUUUUCUAGCAGUGCCUUGUCAGGGCGACCCCUAAUUGUAUCUCCAAUUUGGUAGACUGAAGAAACUAAGAGUAUUGGUACUACCUGUCAAUAGAAAUUCACUCCCUGUUCUGACACACUUUACAAUAAAAUAAGCUAAGGAAGACCAUCGGACCUUGUAAUAAUUACUGUACUUAUUGCCUCCUAAACUGAAGAGGAAGGCACUUAGAGAACAAGGACGUGAAUUUAUCCUUCUUCAUGUUCCAGGUCUUGGAGGAAAGAAGAUUUCUUUGUAACCGAAGAUAAGAUAGGAUAA